UUUCUGUACAACUACAACAACAAGAAAAACAGCACAUGCAGGAGAAAGAAGUUACAGGCUGGCUGGUAAAUAAUCUUAUAUCACUGUGUAAUUAAUAAAUUUCGGAGCAAAAAUGCAAGAUUUUCUUUCACACGCAAUAAGACAGUUCCCAGUUGGAAUCACAUCAGCGUUUGCAUACGGAAGCGGUGUCUUUCAGCAGAACAAUAACAAGCCUGCAAAAGAUAACAUGAUCGAUCUUAUAUUUAUUGUCGACAACCCAGCUCUGUGGCAUAAAAUGAAUUUAGAAAGACACCCUGAACAUUAUUCAUUCAUUAAAAAUUUUGGGCCUAAAUUUCUAGCAAAGAUGCAGACUGACUAUGGAGCCUCAGUUUACUUUAAUACGUUGGUUAAUUUUGAAGACAGGGUUAUCAAAUAUGGUGUAAUAGCUCAAGACAAUUUGAUAGAUGAUUUGAGAAACUGGAAAACCUUGUAUGUGAGUGGGAGACUUCAUAAGCCAGUUCUGAUAUCAGAAGAAUUCUUGACAGAGCCUUUAAAGUCAGAAUAUUAUGGCAAUCUUGCAAGUGCAGUAAAUGUAUCACUGCUUAUGCUACCUGAAAAGUUUCAUGAGAUUGAUCUCUAUAUGGCUAUAACUAGUUUAUCAUACACUGGAGACUUCCGAAUGACCUUUGGCGAAGACAAAUACAAAGUGAGCAAUAUUGUAGUGCCAAAUAGGAAAGAAUUUAGUUCGCUUUACAAACCCACUUUAAAUGAUUCAAAAAGUCUUCAAUUUAACAACUCUUUGUGGAUACAAGAUGUAAGUCCACAAGGCAGAUUGAGACUGCUCAAAUCCUUACCUUCAAAUUUGCAAGAAAAAUUUAGAUUGUUUGCAAAUAUAAAGACAUUUGAUGAGUCUGAUAGUAAUUGCAGAAUCUUAACUGAAGAUAGCAAACGAUGUGAAUUGCUAGUUAAAAAGUCAGUUGCAUCAAUUGUUAGAAGUUCUAGUAUUACACAGAGUAUAAAAGGUAUAUUGACAGCUGGAGUUAGUAAAUCCGUUCUAUACAGCUUAGCAAAAGUAAGGAAAAUGCUAAAGAGUAUUGUAAAAUGAUUUUAAAACAUUUUUACAUGCAUCAUUGAACAUAUUUGGUGUGAGUUUUUAAUCUGAAAAAUUUCAGAUUUUGUGAUGAGAAUUUAUCUGUAAAUAUUGGAAGAGUAGUUAAGUGGACCAUAAAUCAGUUUUCUGUUUCAUUGAAAAUAUAUGAACUGUAUAUUAAACGCAUAGUCCUUUUUCAUUUACACUUUUUUUUCUGAUUCAUCAAAGUCUUUCCAAACAUGUGGUUUUACUUGCUAAUGUAUUUUUCUUAAUUUGUUUAUUUGUCUAUAUAAGCAAUGACCCUGUAACAGUAAUUUUAACCAAAAACAUUCGGUUUCCAGUUUGAAAGCAAAAGACUUGGCUAGGACUUCAAGUUUCCCCUUUCUCAAUAUUCUCAUUUAUCUAACAGUGAGGCAUAUGCGCUAGACAUAAACAGCAAGUAUAUGCUCAAAUAUGGUUUGGAAGAUGGGCACCAAUACAGAGAAUCCCAAAGCAUUUUUUUCAAUUGUUUUAAAUUGUACAUAGGUUAAGGGUUUCCAUUUUGGCUGGUUGCAGCGAUAGAAUUACCAUUAUCCAACAAUACACUGGUUUUGUGUAAGUGUCCCAUAUGUUUCAGCAUCUAAUCAAAAUCAUUACAAAAAAGCAUUUAACUCAAGCAGUUUUAAAUAAAAAUAGCAAUUAACUCCAGCAAUUUUUAGAACCAAAAUCGCUUAACAUCUUUUCGGGAUAUCAAGCACAGACGGAAAUUGCAUUGAGGAAGAAGCUUGCUACCAGUGUCAUCAAAAUGAAAUUCAUGUUUUGGGGGAGCCCAUUGUAUUGCUUCCCAUUCAGUACACUGUUAUAAAGGAGGUAUGCUACAGUUUGGCAAUUAUUGGGGGCUCCAGCUCCCCAAUCCACUGCUUCCAACAGUCCUGCUUGCUACAACAAGCGGAUCAUUAUUUUCAUGUAAGCCAGUUUCAACCAAAUGAUUAUUUUGCUGAAGCAAUUAAUACUUUCAUGUAUCGGAAAGUGUAUGGUAAACCUAUAUGGCUUUAUCUUAUCUAAGCUUUCAAUGUGGGAUACCUGAUUGGGUUGGGUCUAUCAGGUGCUAAACAGACCAAUAUUGAGCAACAGACAGAUUCUGACCAUAUGAAAAGAUAAAUAAAGAGCUCUUGUGAAAAAAACAGGUUUGGCUUUAGAAAGAAAGGUUUCGUUUUAAAAAGAAGUAUUUGAUUUCAAAAAGUAUAAAUUGGUUGUGAAAAAAGUGAAUUGGUUUUGAAAAAAGGGAAUUGGUUUGCACUAGAAACAGGUUUUGCUGUAUAUUCAGUGAAAGGAAUCUUUAGCACAAACAAAGUAAGAAACCCAGGCCAGGGGAGUCUCUCAGACUUUUUCUAUAUGGGGAGGUUCAUCCGCAUUUAUAAAAAUUAACCUAAAAGUAUUGAAAACAAAUCAUACAGAACCAAAAUUUUUAAGCUAAAAAGUGUUGAUAAGGCCCAAAAAUUUCCAAAAUACAAAAUCUUGUUGUUGAGCACAUAAGAUACCACUAGACAUAGUGAUGAGGGCCUCCCAGGGGUUUUCGGGAACAGGGGAACAUGACCAAAAAUGGUACAGAAACACAGGAACAACUUAAAUUUUCCACUGGGAGCAUGGGGACAUUUUUACUAGCCUAAGGGAACAAGGAAAUACCUUUUAUUUUUCAACGGGAACACUGGAACAUUGAUUUCUUUCAAAGAGAAUACGAGAACAAGUACCCCCCCCCCAGGAGACCCUCUGUAAUAUAAAUUGUUUCCCAGAAUAGCACGUUCUUUUCUUUUUUUCUUUUUUUCCUGUUUUUGAUCCAUAUUUUGGGUCCAUUUUUGACCCAUAAGUAUCAAAAGAUAUAUUGUUAAAUCAGGUACCCAAAAGUAUCAGAUCACAAGGAAAAUUCUAAUCCCUUUAUUAUCGGAUAGACCUAAACCCAGGAGUGUAGUGCUAGGGGGCUCACAGGGGGGCUGAGCCCCCCUUGUUGAUGCCAAAAAUUGACAAUUUUCUACUUUUGCUAUUGCUUUUUGCAUCAUUUUGUGCAAGUGACCCCUUGUUAUUUUAAUGGCACUGCCUUGCCCCUGUAUAUAAAUAUUUUAAG